CUACCGCUUGGUGUUCUAAAUAUCAAGAUGUCACGUUGAAAGCGAAUAUUUAAAUGUGCACAAUGUUACAGCGUGCGACUCGAGCCGUUGCCGAAAGAUUACAAUCUGCCCUCGAAUUUUCGAAGCUCGUUCACGUCGAGAAACCUGAAAUGGCCGAUCAAUCGGUCGAAUUUAGGGACUGUUCUUUUCAACUGAACUAGUGCUGCACUGAAACUGCAUUUCAGAACUAGAACUGAGUUAGGUUAUAGCAAAAGUUCAUACACGCAGAAAUGCCAGAUAGGAUAGAAAAGAAUGCCACAGUGCAGGAAAUAACACAGCAGUAUACGUUGCUGUUAAUGAUUCUUCAGAUGAAGAUCUUCUAUCUUUAUGUACCUCCACAUUAUAUCCAGAACCGACCUGGGAUGAGGAACAUGAUAGAGGUACUUCAUAAACGAAACUGCGCUUCAAACCCACUUCAAAACCAAGGUGCACAAGCGACGAUUGAAGGCCCUCGAGCUGGAGCCGUACAGUAUCGAAGAGUCGGAAAGAGCCGCGAGUAAAGGAAAUUACGUCGCCUCGCAAAAGCGUAAGAUCGAGACCGUGACGAGGGCCAGUUUUAACAAAAUUGACGUAGAUACCGAGUCUGAUCCUGAAGCAGUAAACCUAGACGAAUAAGGUGUACUUGUCGUUUGUAAAUAUCGCUACUUCCCUGUUGGUAGUACAUUACAAGAUUGCCCCACGGCAAGAACACUCUGAUGAUGUGCACUCUGGUGAAAUUCAUGCGCGGUUGGGGGCGUAACAUUCUCGCAGGAUCGUCGACGAGCCGUGUUCGUCGAAAAGCCAUCAUCGCGUCGUGCUUCAGUAGGCACUACGGUUCAGCUCUGUUCAUUUCUGGCAAGGUAGCCCAUAAAACCUUUGCGUUCCUCACGCCCUACUUGGACGUGGAAGAACGGUUCGCCAACAUGGAGAAGCUACAGGAGGAAAUAGCGUUGCGCGGUAUGGACAUCGACGUGGUCCAGCUGAAGAAUUCGUGGGAGUUCUACCGGCAAAUGAACAUGGACAAGCGCGCGUUGGAAGACCGCUUGGCGGAGCUCAAAAAUAGCAAGAAGCAGCUUAAAAGAAGUGAGCAGACUUCCGAGAUUCAGCAGGAACUGCACAAGCUAGGUCUGCAGCAGAAAGUCAUCCAGGAGGACAUCAAGACGAUGAAGCAGGCGAUCUGGGACAUGGACGACAAUGUUGUGCGGAGGGUUCUCAAGUUGCCGAACAACUUGGACCCGCGAACGCCUAUCGUGGAAUCGAUGGUGCUGAGGAGCGUCGGUAACGCGCCUGAUUCGUCUGUGCCGGAAAGCAGGACACAUGUCGAGAUUGGCACGAGGCUCGGUCUGCUCAAGUACCAGAACCCCAUGUCCUACUAUCUGUGCAAUAAAGCAGCCUUGUUCGAGCUCGGUGUGCUGGCACAUGCUGAUCGUGUCUUGAUCGACGGUGAUAAUAUGCUGAAAGUGAUUGGCACCGAUUUCGGCCGGAGUCUCGUGGUAGAGGGCUUAGGCUUGGACCACGAAGACCCGAUGUCUGCUUUCCUCAUAGAAAAUCACGAGGAAGUCGAAAGGGACUCGUCGAAUCGCAUGCAUCUGAUCGGCGGCGCCUGUUUGCCCUCCUUCCUGACGUUGCACGCGAAGCAGCUGAUCAAUCCCAACGACUUCCCGCUCAAGUACCUUGCCACAGGUAGGCAGUACACGCCUUCGCCGGCCGAUUCGGCGCUCUGCGGCCUGUUCACAGCGUGUCAAGCCUCCGUGGCUCAUGUAUUCACCAUGGUGAAGGAUGGAAAGAGCGAGGAGUACAGGACGCUCUUCGACCAACUCGUGGACAAUGUGUGCCGGCUGUACGACGACCUGUGCGAUCAUUAUCGAGUCGUGAUGAAGUCCGCGCCGCAGCUGGAGCCGUGGGAAAGUCUGCGCGUGUCGUUCGAGCUGUGGUCGCCGUCCGCGAAGCGGUACAUCGAGGUAGGCCACUUGUCCGCGUGCGGCGACUACUUCAGCAAGCGAUUGCUCAUCACCUAUCAAACAUCGACCGGCAGAAGCUUCCCCGCGGCGAUAACCGGCACCGUUCUCUCGGUUCCGCGUCUGCUCGGUUGCCUGCUCGAACAGAACCCGCACAAGUUUGUGAUACCGCCCAAGGUGGCCGAGCUGGCACCCUCAGGCGACUGUGUCGCUGUGUAAAUCGAGCGAUUGUCUCGAGUUUUCGGGAUCUUGCUUCGUUGUAUCUCACGUCGAGCGUUUGUGCCAACUUUCCAUACGAGCGGAAAGUUCUACAUCCUCGUGUACGCGACUUAUCGAGUCAGUCUAUUGAUAUCUUUGGAUUGAAAUAUACACACAUACACCGACGUAUAUUUGUAAAAUAUAAUACAUGUGGUACAACAUCCUACUUGUGCAACAA